CUUCGGUGAUCACUCCUUGACCAUGGCGACGUCUGUCACGUUACUACUUUUUGCUGCGGUUAUUCAUCAAGUGAAUUUGCAACUAGUGUGUUACCAGUGUGUGGACUGUGAUGUAAAUCCCCCAGUGGCUGUAGUGUGUGCAGAUAAUUAUCCCACAUCAGCCACACCUACUCUCCCAACAAGUCCUGAUACUACGAUGUCGAUUGAUAUUACGCCAACGUUGCCAACCAGUCCUGAUCCCACAUGUGCUACAUGUGGCCCUGAGGAAGAAACGACUCCAGAGCUUACGCCAACUUUACCUACAAGCCCAGAACCUACGUGUGCAACAUGUGCUCCGGAAACUAACACAACUCCCGAGUUUACACCCACGUUACCAACUAGCCCAGAGUUAACGACGGCGGAGCCUACACCAACUUUACCUACCAGUCCGGAACCUACUUGUGCUACUUGUUCUCCAGAAACUGACACAACUCCCGAGUUUACACCCACGUUGCCAACUAGCCCAGAUUUAACGACGGCGGAGCCUACACCAACUUUACCUACCAGCCCAGAACCUACUUGUGCUACAUGUGCUCCGGAAACUGACACAACUCCCGAGUUUACACCCACGUUACCAACGAGUCCAGAUUUAACGACCUCGGAACCUACUCCAACUUUACCUACAACUAUUGAACCUACGUGUGCUACAUGCGCACCUGAGACGGAUACUACUCCCGAGCUUACGCCCACAUUGCCAACUACCCCGGAACCAACGUGUCCAACCUGUGGCCCAGAAACCGAUACCACUCCACAGUUUACUCCAACUUUACCUACCGGUCCAGAGCUUACAACGGCAGAGCCUACGCAGGAAUCCAGUACUGAUCAAAUAUGUCCAACAUGUGCACCAAUAACCAACACACCGGAAUUAACGCCCACACUACCAACCAGUCCGGAUACGACAUGCGCUACGUGUGUCACAACAUUAAACACGGUCACUCCACCAAUAACAAGUCUCACAGAUUCAACGAUUAUAACACCACCGCUUACCAGCACUGCUGGUCCAACGUCAUCCCAGAUUACCACCAUUUGGCCAACGAUUACCACCGCUGAGGGUCCGACGUCAUCUCAGAUUACUACCAUUUGGCCAACUUGGCCUUCGGACAGCUGGCCAACCCCAACGCUUACGACCGCUGAGGGUCCGACGUCUUCUCAGAUUACGACCAUUUGGCCAACUUGGCCAUCGGACAGUUCAACGUCGGAAAGCUGGCCAACUCCAACGCUUACCACCGCUGAGGGUCCUACAUCUUCUCAGAUUACGACCAUUUGGCCAACUUGGCCAUCGGACAGUUGGCCUACACCAUCUCUAACAACCCAGGAUUCCUCCUGGCCCACGGCAAGUCUCACUAGCGAGACGGGAACGCUUCCAACUAUAAUGACCACAUUUGCCGCUGACAAAAAACACCUCCCUAUGCCGGUCUACAUAUGUUUCUCGACGGAACAAAUCGUUAAUAACCGUCUAACAACGAAUAGAGGCUGUAGUAUACGUGGGGAAUCAGCAGCAGAGACUUGUACAGCUAUUAAUAACAACCAGCAGUACGAGCGGUGCUCCUUGUGUUCCUGGAGUCUUUCAAGCAAUGCGCAACUCCUCUGCUUCUACUGUGACGAUUGUGAAAGCAGUUCAGUGGCAGUGGAGGCUUGUGGUUUGAACAGUCCCAUUAUAACUACAAAUGUACCCGAGGAAUCAACUACAGCAACUUCUCCAAUGACUUCAACAACACAGCCACCAGUCACAACAGCGAUUACAUCUGAUGGGCCCAUUUUGACUCCACCAACUUUUCCGACCCAGACCAGCCUAGGGGGUGGUAUGGUUACACCCCCAAUAACACCAAUGUGGGCUUUCGAAAAGCAAAGAGGUCGCCUGGUCAUUUCCCUUCCACCACCUGACCAAACUCCAUAUGUAUGUUCGAUGGUAAAAUUCACUGCAUCCUACGCUCAACUGCUAUGCUACCACUGUGAGGAUUGUGAUUACGAUUUACCUGCAAUAGAACCAUGUGGACUCGCUAAUACGAUUCUAACGCCACCGGAUUGGGAUCUAACAACGAGCUCAGACGGUGCAGGAUCCAACAAUCCCAUACUGACUCCACCCACUAUCCCAGGAGUUGAUGAUAGUGACAGCGCAAAUCCGGGGAAUCCAAUUCUCACGCCACCGAACAUUGGCGACGGUGGAAGCAGCACAGCAAAUCCCGAUGGUCCCAUUCUAACGCCACCAAAUAAUGGAGAUGAUGGCAGUAAUACCGGUAAUCCCGGCGAUCCUAUUCUUACACCACCGAACAAUGGAGGCGGCGACAGUAGCUCAUCUAAUCCCGAUGGUCCCAUUCUAACACCACCGAACAAUGGAGGUAACGAAAUUAGCACCGCUAAUCCCGGCGAUCCUAUUCUUACGCCGCCCUCGAUUCCUGGAAAUGGAGGUAAUGGCGAGACAACUGUAGGCGGUAACGAGGGCACUUUACCUACUGUACCCAUUACUAGCUCAGCUGUCAAUAAAAUUGAAAGUGUCGAUGAUCAACAGUACGUUUGUCUAAGAAUUGAUUCAAUCGUCAAUGGCCGAAACGUAGUUCGUCGUGGCUGCACUCAGCUUGGUUCAACCAUGGACGAAACAUGCAGUAGAGUUUCUUCAGGUUCUCAUAAGCAUUGUGCCAUUUGCAAGACGCAUUUGUGUAACUCGGGAGUCUGAAAAGCUACUGGCUGCUUCGUGAAAUCUUGUAUUGUAACCAAACUUUUCAAACCUUGAUUUACAGCAUUCAAUUUUGUAGUACUAUGGGAAUGAUUCUAAAAAUGAGCCUGUUUGAAGUGCUCAAAAUUCAAAAUCGUUAUUUUCUGGAAUAGUCGGUAUAUGUAAGCUAAAG